UAAGACCGUGUUUGGCACUCGCCUUCAAAUCCUCAAACUUCUGCAAAAUUUCACCUGCAUUGAUACAAUCUCUCUUCCAACAAAUCUAAGCAUUCCCUCCAGCAAAAGAUCGAAAAUCAAUCAUGGCGACCCCUCAAAUUUUGCAGACGGAGCAGGAUCUUCUUAUGUACUCCUCCCUCUUUCCCAAAGAUGAAAAGGUGAGACCUCGAGGAGUGGAAAUCGAGAAGAAGAUUGAGUAUCUUGAGAGCUUAGCCGGAAAUGUUAGGAACCGGAGAUCUCGCAGAUGGUUAAAUGAUCGCUUGCUGAUGGAGCUCGUUCCCCGCUUGAAUGCAGAGGAAAUCAAAGGAUUGUUUGCUCCUCCACCAUGGGGUGAGGAAGUGCGUUCUUCGACAUUUAGCAUGACAAAUGCAGGGGAGUGGGAUGGCUUCAGAAACAUAGACAUGGAUAAGGAGGCAUCUAUCAUGGAAUCACUUGAAAACUCAUCAUCAAAGCGGAGAGAUCGUCAAGAUACUGACAAAGUUGCUGUACUGACUGCCUGGCACCGUGUAGAUAGUAGGACUAGGGAGGCACUUCGUCGUUGCUAUCUUACGGACUUGGUCAGUGGAUACGAGGAAUGCGUACGGUCGUUCGUCAAAGACAGUGGGAACAAAGACGUCCUAGUCCUCCAUGUUCAAGAUCCUUUCCACCGGCUAAUACUGCACGGCGUUUGUGAGUUCUACAACCUCAUCUCGACCACGGUUGCUCAGUCGAAAGGUGGGGCGCCCGCAAAGAUGACCAGGAUAAAGAAGAAGCAGUUGCUGUCGCCGGAACUCCCCAACAUAACACUAUGCAACUUCCUGAAAAUGGCAAAGGAAGGGUUCUGGUGAUCCUUUGGAUCUGUGUAAUUGUACUAUAAAACCAACCUUGUACACUAAUACCCUACAGUGUUUAGAUUUGGAAGUAUUUCCAUUUAACAGUUGUAAUAAUUGCUCACUCACUCACCCUAGAACUAGACAGGCUUCUUGUGUGGAAAUGCUCAUUUCUUCACAUAGAUUGUGUAGAGCAUUCUGGACCAGUCUGAUGAUUUAUUUAUGUUCUUCACUCUAUUUCAUUCAA